AUGUUAGAAACAAUUCUUAAAGUCUUUAUGACAGUAAGAAAUAAGGACGAGAAACCGUGGUAUCAGCAGUACCAGUACAAAGUACCCGGCCUGUUUGACCUGGGCUGUGUCACCUACGUCCAGUCGCCUGGAGAGAGCGACACCGAGAUGUACCUUACUGGGAACUUCAGCAAGGCGCCACUCUUUCCCCUCAACAGCCUUGUAACAUUCACUGGAAACAAGAUGGAUAAGGUCUACGAAGGCGUAUGGAACUCUAUACUGAGCGGACCAUAUAACGUAGUGUACUCGCACGAGGACUUCGUCAUUGACCACUACUGUUUUCUAGGAUAUGAAGUGGCACAAAUCUUCACAACUGUCAAAGAACCCAGCGACGAAUUGAUGGAACUGAUAUGGGAAGUUGUCGGUAAUCACACUGAAGUGGACAAGUCUAAAUUUCAGAAAGUGGUCUGUUAA